AUGCUGUCAUCAUCUUUUAGCAAGGUUUUAGUCUUAAUCUGUACAUCAGCCUUUGCACAGGUAGUGUCUCACUCUUUAUCGCUAGUAGAACAAGCGGUAUCAUCUUCUUGUUGAGACACUGGUGAAGUAGCUUGGUCUGUCUGCUUGAUCUCUGAUAAUGAUGAGUCCCCCUUCAUUAGCAAUCUCAAAAUAAAUUUUUAUAAGAGAAGUUUAUCAAUUAUGAACAUGGCAUCAGGGGUUUUGGGGUUUUGGGGUUUUGGGGUUUUGGGGCUUAAGGACCACUUAGGAGUGGAGAUAGAGGAAGAAGAGUAUUCAAUAACCAGCAAGUCAGGACGAAAGUUAAAAUCCCAUCAUGACAAGGACUGAAAUGUCGUAGAGGAAGAAGCUAGCAUACACUCUAUACCCUCCGAUAGUUACCAGACCGGUAACGGGAUGAAGAAGUACUUAGCAUCUCGGAUUGAAAUUUCGAAAAAGAAGAAAGGUAGAAACACACAUUAUCGCGAAUCUUCACUUCCAUAUCCUAAUCCAGGGAAAUAAACCUCUCCGGAAAAUUCCCAAAAGAAUCGAAGAAUUUUCGACAAGCAGAAGAAAUUAUGGACUGAGGAACUAUGGAAUUAGAAACUAUGGUAUUAGAAAUCAUUUUGCAACUGACAGCAAGCCGAGAGAGCUAAGGAGACAGAAUAGAUUGAAUAUGGCAAAUCAAUAUAAGAAGACAGUCGUCACGAAGAAAAUUCAACUUGAUAGCAAGUCAUCUUCAGAUUGAUCGGAGAACUCAGAGCCUUGUACAGAAAGAUCUUACUUUAAUUUAGAUGAUGAAUGAAGCCCAAAUACAUCUAUUAACGACCUUGUCCCAAAGCUUAAGAGGUUAAUUACAAAGAAAAUUCCUUCUCACAUGGUCUCCCUUGAUAGAAGAAAGGAGCUAAAAUAAGCUUGAUAGCAGUUAUGAAGGGAAUAUUCUUGAAACAGCUAAUGUAUUCAUCAGAAGCCCUCUUAAAUGCAAUUUAUCAAAUAAUGUGAACAACUCUGGAGAGUUCCAAAGUAUGAAUUUCAACACAAAAGUUCCCACUUCUGCAAGAUUGACUAAUGUUCCCACUUACCAUACAAAGCUGGAGGUUAAGAAUCCUAGCCCUGAAAGAAUUGAGCAGGCUGAGUUACCACAGUCUCUUCCUCCUCCAAAAAGGAAGUACCCUGAAUAUCUUGAUGAAGACCGAACUUUUACAUAUGUUGCAAAUUGGGCAAGAUUAUAUACGGAGAAAAGACUCCCGACUUACGUUGCUCCUCAGUACAAGGACAAUAGACCAGUUAAUAGAAAACGCCCUCAAUUGGUGAGACCUAGCUUCAACAAUAUAAAAGGAGAUAGAGUAAGCUCCUAUUGUGGUGAAGCUGAAUCAACAGAGGAUUAUACCAAAAGAACGGUGAGAAGAGGUCACUUCCAAGAUGAAGAUGUUGAAUACAUUGAAAUAGAACUCAACGAACCUCAAGAAAUAACUCCAAACACUGGAAAUUCCACUACUCCAGAGGUUAAAAUAUUACAGAAAAGUAUUGGAUAUUGGUGCCAACACUGCUUUGAAUUAAUCCUUGAUAAGAAGCAGAGUAAACGCCAUCUAUCCGUUUGAGAGUUCAAAAAUGACAAAGAGAGCAAGUACAUCAGAAUCAUUAAGAGAAAAUUUAAGGGUUUCAGUAAAUCGCUGGAGGAUUGUUAUGAGAAAAUUCAAAUUGAAAAUAGCAUAGGAAAGAAAAAUUUCUUUAACACUCCUUCAUCAAUGUUCAUGGACAAUUUGGUAAAAGUAUUCGACAAAGUUUAUGACAGAUAUUCAGGAAAGUUCUACUGAAACAAGCAGUUGAAGCUUCUUGGUAAGAAAGUACGCUUCAUUCACAAGGAUAUCUCAGUGCAGAAGCAAAAUUUAAGCUAUCCUUUUACAUUAGCCACUAAAGCAAUCGAGUUGAUGGAUGAGUACAUUGAAUUUAGGUGUAAACAAUAAUAAUUUUCAACUAA